AUGUCGCUUUUCGUCCAGGAGUUGGAGCUCGCCGUUGCUUCGUGCCGCGGCAUUGACUGGUUGUUAGUCGCCGGAGCUCGUUUGCUCACUCCCGACGACAUGCACGCCAUUGCUGCUAUGCUCCGCCUCUCGGUGGUUGCCUUGUCAGGCGCUGACCGACGUCCACUUGGACAGGCAUUUGAGCCCCAGUCGUACAAAUAG